ACCAAGCCGUGCCUUGGUCCUUCUCCACAGUACCUCCUGCUGCCAGGGACAGCUGCAGUCAGAAGGGACGGUUCUCUGAGCUGUAGGAAGAAGAGGGGCCGACAGAAGCCCCCAGAAUGCCCUGGGUGAAGCGGAAUCACCUACCUCAGCCCAGUCCUGCCUGGCCUUGGGGAAGGGGCAGCCAACUAGCCUGAGGAGAGGGUGCUGGCCAGGGCAAGUUCUCCAGUCAAGACCAGAAAUAUGAGAGAGGGUGAGGCACUGGGGGUGCCUGCAGGAGGGCCCACCCUAGAGAACAGUGGGUACCGGGCUCCUGCCAAGGGUCCUGCUAAAUACAGCGUGGCCCCUAGAUGUUCCCAGUCAGUACUGGAGUAGUUUGAAAUUUGAACUUCCAGGUAAUGAGGAGAGUGACAGGAGACGGAGCUGAGAACACUCUGUAGACCCAGAGGGUCCAGCAGCUCUGUGAUUUAACUCUUGAGAUUCUGGCUCUGGCACCAGCUGGGCCCAGGCCCCCACUGUGGGUGGGUCCAUAGAAGAGAUGCUUCCACUACUGGGUGCCGCCCCCACCAUCUGGGGUUGGUGACGUGGCCAGUGUGACGUGGCCAGGCGCCUGAGAGCCGUCUGUCCGUGGCAGAGGGAACUGUUUCUGGGAGCCAGGCCAAGGCCCAGGAGAUGGGCAGACAGGAGGAGCCUGGUACCUGGGGGUCAGGCUGAGGUGCAUAUGGGCAAACGCUACAAGAACUCCCUGGAGACGGUGGGCACGCCAGACUCGGGGCGUGGGCGCAGUGAGAAGAAGGCCAUAAACGAUCUAGACAGAGACUUUUGGAAUAACAAUGAAAGCACAGUGCAGCAGAAAUGGAGCUCCUACCCUCCCAAGGAGUUUAUUCUAAACAUUUCACCCUACGCCCCUUAUGGCGACCCACGACUGUCCCUCAAUGGCACCCUCCUGUCGGGCGCCAAAGUGGCCGCCGUGGCGGGGCUGGCGGUGGAGCGGGAAGGCCGGCUGGGGGAGAAGCCGGCGCCGGUGCCACCACCCGGAGAGGACGCCUUGAGAAGCGGCGGGGCUGCCCCCAGCGAGCCGGGCAGCGGUGGCAAGGCGGGGAGAGGCCGCUGGCGGACGGUGCAGAGCCACCUGGCCGCAGGGAAGCUCAACUUGUCCAAUUUCGAGGACUCCACCCUGUCCACGGCCACUACCCUUGAGUCUAUCCCCAGCUCCACGGGAGAGCCGAAAUGCCAGCGACCCCGCACCCUGAUGCGGCAGCAGAGCCUGCAGCAGCCCCUGAGCCAGCACCAGCGGGCCCGGCAGCCCAGCCAGCCCACCACCAGCCAGAGCCUGGGCCAGCUGCAGGCCCACGCGGCCUCGGCACCGGGCUCCAACCCCCGGGCCUAUGGCCGGGGCCAGGCUCGGCAGGCCACCUCGGCCGGCUCCAAGUACCGGGCGGCCGGGGGCCGCAGCCGCUCCAACCCGGGCAGCUGGGACCACGUGGUGGGGCAGAUUCGAAACCGAGGCUUGGACAUGAAAUCCUUCCUGGAAGGCCGGAUGGUGGUGCUAUCCUUGGUCUUAGGGCUUUCGGAACAGGAUGACUUUGCCAAUAUCCCUGACCUGCAAAACCCAGGAACCCAGCAGAACCAGAACGCUCAGGGGGACAAGAGGUUGCCCACAGGAGGUAAGGCGGUGAACACAGCCCCAGUGCCAGGCCAGACGCCCCACGACGAGUCUGACCGCCGGACCGAGCCCCGCUCCUCCGUCUCGGACCUCGUCAACUCCCUCACCAGCGAGAUGCUCAUGCUGUCCCCAGGCUCAGAGGAGGACGAGGCCCACGAGGGCUGCAGCCGAGAGAACCUGGGCAGGAUCCAGUUCAGCGUCGGCUACAACUUCCAGGAGUCCACGCUCACCGUGAAGAUCAUGAAGGCCCAGGAGCUGCCAGCCAAGGACUUCAGCGGCACCAGCGACCCCUUCGUCAAGAUCUACCUGCUGCCGGACAAGAAGCACAAGCUGGAGACCAAGGUGAAGCGGAAGAACCUGAACCCCCACUGGAACGAGACCUUCCUCUUUGAAGGUUUUCCCUACGAGAAGGUGGUACAGAGGGUCCUCUACCUCCAAGUCCUGGACUACGACCGUUUCAGCCGUAAUGACCCCAUCGGGGAGGUGUCCAUCCCCCUCAACAAGGUGGACCUGACCCAGAUGCAGACCUUCUGGAAGGAUCUGAAGCCAUGCAGCGAUGGGAGUGGGAGCCGAGGGGAGCUGCUCCUGUCUCUCUGCUACAACCCCUCUGCCAACUCCAUCAUCGUGAACAUCAUCAAAGCCCGGAACCUCAAAGCCAUGGACAUCGGGGGCACAUCAGACCCCUACGUGAAGGUGUGGCUGAUGUACAAAGACAAGCGGGUGGAGAAAAAGAAGACGGUGACCAUGAAGAGGAACCUGAACCCCAUCUUCAACGAGUCCUUCGCCUUCGACAUCCCCACGGAGAAGCUGAGGGAGACGACCAUCGUCAUCACCGUCAUGGACAAGGACAAGGUCAGCCGCAACGACGUCAUAGGCAAGAUCUACCUGUCCUGGAAGAGUGGGCCAGGGGAGGUGAAGCACUGGAAGGACAUGAUUGCCCGUCCCCGGCAGCCUGUGGCCCAGUGGCACCAGCUCAAGGCCUGAGUGGGGCCACGGGAGGCCCAGGGGACAAAGGCCCAGGUCCCCAUCAUGCCCUCACCACUUUAUGCACAAUGCCUGGCCUGCCCCUGUGCCGCCACGGGUGAGGGGAGGACCCUGAGGGCUCAGCCAGGGAGGGGUCCCGGGACUCAAUUGGGCCCCACUCUAGGAAGCACCAGCCCCACCCUGCACCGGUCCAGCUCAGGGCGGGGCUCUGGGAGCCAUUUUCCUGCUUUGCCCCUUUCCUUCCUGACUUGCUGAUACUAAAGAAGUGGGGGAGAGCUCGAAAGCCAGCCGGGCAGACGGGCAGAUCCCUCCAGAGGCCCGCCAGGUGGGCAUGGUCCCCCGUUUUCUUUAAGGCAGUGCCUGGAGUGGAGAGAAGCCGCCCCUCCUACAGCCGUGGUUGCGGGCCCCAGAGACUAGAGCUGGGGCGUUUGGCCCUGGCUCAGCCAAGACAGGCCCACCCCCAGGGCAGUUUCAGGUGCCGCCUGGGCCCUGAAUGCCAAGGGUAGUAUAUAGCCCGCUCCUGGGUCCUGGAGCCUGGGCCCUGUGUACUUGUGUUGUGUCCACUGUGUGUGUGUGUCUGUGUGUGUGAGAGAGAGAAAGGUGGGGACGCUUGCUCCCUUUCCCCCUGGGGCCAGCAGUGCUAAGACUGUGGGAGAGCAAGCUUUCGUGAGGGCAGGGUGGGGCUGGAGGUCUGGAGAGGUCUAGGCUGGGGGUCAGGGCCAGUGGAGGAGGGGAGAGGGGCAGACAGGCAGCUGUCUAUUUGCCAUCCCCCUCUCCUCACCCUGUCCCCUCAGGGACCUCCUCUGCUCAGAAUCCUCCAGUGACUUCAUCUCUUGGACAUCCGUUCACAACUUUUAGGCACCUCUUGUGUGCACAGCAUCUCGCCAGGAUGCACCUGCUCCCCUCUUGCUCAGGGGUCCCAAUCCCCCACUAGCUCUUCCCCAACACCUUUACCCAGACUCCCCCCUCCUUCCAGGUCUCGGAUUCCAGCCAAAUUGGAACCUCGCUCCAUGCCCUCAGCUUCCCCGCCCUUCCUCCUCCCUCCCUGCCUGUGCAGCCUGGGCCCCCUCCUCACUCCCCGACCCCUCAACCCCCCUGGUGCGUGGACACCUUCCCUUUCCUUCCCCGUCCUCUGGGUCGUUUCUGAUCUUCCUGACUUCUCACCUUCCCCACCCCUCCCUGGGCCUCCAGAAGAGCUCCUUCUGGCCCUCCCACCGCCGCAGGCAAACAAGCAGGGACCAUUCCAGGAAUUCUGAGGCUUCCCCACACAAAGAAGCUGUGGUUUCUCCUCCCCAGCUAUUGCUGAGACUAGACCCGGCUUCUCCUUGGAGACAGCAGAUUUCACAAUGAUCCCUGCUUAAGCCCUCUCAUCGUUCCGCUGGCCGUGUAUUGAUACAAGACCCAGCUGGUGACAGUUUCAAAUCCUGGGGUUCCACGUGCCCGGGCCGGACAUUCGCAGGACGCACCGCCAGGUGGCGCCAGAACACCACGUCUGUGGUCACGGUCUUGCACGACAGUUCUACCCAGGAUGGGCCUGGCACCCCAGGGAGACUUCGCACAGGGUCCCCACAUCUAGAGCACAGUGAAAGCAUAGACGUUCGGGAGCCACUUUCCUUCCGCGGGCUUCCCCUUGAGCGUUCCUUCUAUGCCAUAGUCAGGCCACCUUUUGCCCAUAUCCAAAUGUUCCGCCCCCACCCCUUCCCUGCCCCUGGGAUCCGGAGGACUAUCACACUUAGUAGGUGAACCGUUUUAUAGAGUGAAGAAUGCUAAUAAUGUAAAGCAAAUAGUCGCCCACAUUCCUUGUAAAUCCAAAUGUUCCUCUAGUCUAGCUUUGCUUUAAAUGGGGUCUGCCCCAACAGGUCGGUUUGGGGGAGCAGUCCCCAGCAGGGUCCCUGGAGGCUGUGUGGAAGUAGGAAGACAGAAGUUUUGAGAGGCCGAGGGACCUAGCAAAUCUCCACCCCUCCCUCGGAUCCGCCGGGUUUCCAAUGCACCACUCCGAGUGGCGAGGCAACGAGCCCCACCCAGGGCCCCUGGCCGGCCUGAGCCCUCGGUACCCAGUUCACACCGAGGCGGUGAAGUAACAGCAUCCCCUGCCGGAGCCCCGCCCAUGGAACUCAUAGCCAAUCACAUGCAGAGAGCUUCCCCUGCGGAGUCCGCUCUCAGUUGGACCCCAUGCGGGCACGCAGAUGCCCCCGCCUGGGUUCCCCAACACCCCACCGCCACCGCCACCCCCGGGCCGCUGGGGCUCGCUCCCGGAAGCCGGCGAGGGUCUGCAAGUGGUGGUUUGAGGGCCAGAUGGGCUGGCACGAGAGGCAGCAGGUGAUCUGGGGUGGAGACAGGACAGCCUAGGGCGAUCAGAGAGCAAGGAAUGGGGGAACUUGAGGGCGGGGGAGGGCACCAGAGCCCUGCCGCCGUCCCAGGAUCCUGGGCAAGUCACCCACACUCCCUGGGCCUCAGUUUCCCUAUCUGUAAAAUGAUGGUAAUAAUACUUCACCUACCUCAUGGGGAGGUUGUGAGGCCGUCACCUGAUCUGGGGGUCAAAGCAGGAGGACUCUGAAGGUGCUACCCGGGAGCAAAGUAUUAUUACCGCAGGCUGAGAGCAAGGCCCACCUGCCCUUCCCCCACAGAGCCUCCAGGGACCCCGAGGCCUCCAGGGCCGACUGUCUCUUCACUGUGUUCCAGCCCCCCUCAGUGUCAUCUAUACCACCUUUGUGGGCACCCUAGACUUAGUUGUUACCUUGUUCCUUUCUUGUGACCAUCUCUCCCACUGUAACUGCUGUACAAAUUCUACCUGCCCCAGGACCCCAACACCUGCCUUCAGGCACCAGAGGCCAGGCAAGGGACAAAGGAAUACAGCCACAAAAAAAGCCAAGGGGGGAUGCCCAGCCCAGCUGGGGCCCCAGGGGUGGAGAUUGGUAGCCGCUGUUUGUAUUGUGUUUGAGUCCUUGAGCGCAAGUGUUUUAUAAAAAAUAAAACAAAAACCCACUUCCACAAAAAAAAAAAAAAAAAAUUUUUGCAGCAAAGAGAAAUGAAGAAAAAACUGGAGAAGAAAAAAAAAAAAAAACAUACAAAAUUUUUCCACCACACGCACCCUCUAAGCCAGCAAGAUUUCCUCUUUGCAAAAUCAUAUUUUUGUGGGAACCGGCCCUGCUUUUUGUGGCAAGGCCUGUUCUGAUUAAUAAAGGAUCGUGAAAAAGCAGGGCCUUGGCUCUUUCCUCUGUGGGUCCCAGCCUGUUCCCUCCCCAGGGAGAAGCAGCUGGGUGAGGGGAUGGGGAGCCUGGGGCUGAGUCUCUCCUCCUCAGCUUGUCACCUCUGGGACUUCACUGGUGACCUGGCCCUUCCUGAGCUGCCCACCCAUCUUCAGAUCCAGACUAUGACCCCACCAGCUGCCUCAGAAGCAAAGGCAGCUCCAUCUCCCAUAUCAGGUGGGAGGCUUAUUGGGAGAGGAGUCUCCUAUAGGCCUCAGGGGUGCCCCUUGAUUACCCACCCCACUGGACAUCCCCUCCCUCAGUUCCCAAGGGAGGCUUGCUAUCCUCCAAAGUAGGUCAGAAAACCAAAGCGGGACCCUUCACCUUCCACCACCACCUAAGAAGCUGCUGUGGUUUCCGGUCCAGUGUCCCCUUCCUGAUUCCUGCAGGGUAAAGGACGGGAGAGCUCUGGGUCUGUUGGCUAGACCUGUGGCCUCUCUCCACCAUUUUCUCUAGUUUAAUUAUUUAGGGUUAGAAAAAUCUCUCCGACUCAAGAGAGCCCACGGCAAGUCCCAUCCGAGGAACCUGGGAAGGGCGGUCCUAUCUCACGCCAGCCUGCGUGGCCUGCGCAACGAUUUCCUCCCUCUGCUCUUGGAGUUCAGAAGCAAUAAUCCCAGCCUCCCUACACCGCCCAGGGGCAGCAGGCCUGCUAGUUCUCAGGGGACUUCAGAAGGGAGGCAUUACAUCUGUUUCAGACAUAGGACAAAAGGAAUACUGGCCCAUCUCUGGUCACGUGUCCACCUGCUGGCCCCUGCCCCACGCUGGAUUAAAGGGGGCCACACACUUCCUGCUCCCCAGCUCCUGGGGCUGGCAGCGGCCUUCCUGUGCUGCACUAAAGUUCCUCCACCAAAGCUGCCCACCUUCUCCCUUUCUGCCCCCUCCAUUUCCUACAACCUGGUUUUAAUGUUCCUUUUCCAAGCUGGUUGUGGGCUGGGGAUGUAGCUCAGGUGUAGAGAGAUUGCCUAGCUCGGGAGGCCCUGGGCUCCACCUCCAGCACCACAAAAGAAAGAAGAAAAAGAAAGUGUUUUUUUCUUUGGCUUCAGAUCUCUGUUGCAGAGAUUGGAGAGAGCCCUGGGGUCAGGUAAGUAGCCUCAGGGGCACUCCCUUGGCUGAAGGAGCUUCUAUUGGGGCUGUCAGAGGACAGCCCCGUGGGGAGUCGGCUCAGGCCCAACCAUGGCUCAGGGCCUCUUUCCUGGACUGUCUGUCCGGCCUUCCACUUCUUUGGUACAUGUGCAAGUACCGCUUUCACUUCAUUCCAUCUGUCUUCAUCCGCCUGCUCUGAGCGACCCGCCCACCCCUCCCUGUGCCUGGAACCGCUGCUCUCUAGUGUUUUCUUUCUCCUGCAAGACCCUCCUAGUCGACAGUGCUUCCUGGAAGGCCGUGUCCUACUCCCUUCCCCCUCCCCCACAAAGGCAGCCAGAAGGACCUUUGGCUCGUGAAGACACUGCACUCCCCAUGUCUCUUUCCCCGCAUGUGUGUGCGUGCAUGUAUGUGCCUAUGUGCGUGUGUGUUGUGUCUUGUUUAGAUUGUGCGCCCCCUGGGCAGAGAUCCCUGUCUGAACACAUGUUCUAUGUGGCACGCCUGGGUGUGCUAAUAAAUGUCCGUCUUCAGAACAACA